AUGCAUGCCGUAGCAAUCCACGCUCUCCGUACGGCACGCAGACCUAUUUCUCGGCGCGCCUGUCGAAUCGUCGCCGGCGUUAGAUACCCAAUCUACUCGAGACCGUUCCACCGCUCCCCAAUAUCACGUCGAAUACCGGAGGAAACGGCGGGUCAGGGAAAUGGACGCACAGAGAGCCCAUCAGUUGAGUCAUCGAAAGGCUCAAAUGGAAAUGCAGAGCAAGAUGGUACUGAAGCGUCGAGAAUAACUCAAGGAGAGGCUUCCACGUUGACACCAAAGCCGCGGAACGGCAAUGGGAAACCUACAUCUGGAAGACUGAAGGGAAACCGACCACGGCAGACUGAGGGACUACCGCCUGUGCAGCUGCCAGAGUGGUUCUGGAAAAAGAAUGUCAAGUGCUUGGAAGAUCCUACUCAGAGCGGGACACUCGCUGUUUAUGGCAUAACGGGAGUCAAUGGCGAAGUUGAUGGCGACGAUAGCUCUGUGGCUGCAGAAGUAGCCCGGAUGACCCUUGCACUUGGCGAUUGCGACUUGACGUCUACCAAAGAUGCAAAGUAUUCAAUGCAUGUGGAUGUCUACAAAGAGAUACUGUCUUCCUUACGAGCAGGAUUGUCUCUCCGCCCACCCAAGAACUCGGAAAACCUGAAUAUCAACCGGCCUAUCACUCUUCUACAAUGUCCGAAAGAUGGGGGGGCUUUUUAUUUGGAUGCAGUUGUCGAGACGAUUGCCACGAAGCUUGGGGCCGAUCUUAUACGGCUUGAUGCUCAGGAUAUUGCCCAGAUCGUGGGGCCCUAUGUUGAUGAAAAUGUGGCAUGGACUUCUUCGAAAACCGCAUUAUUAGGGUACGAUGCGCAAAUGGUUGCUGGGAAGUUAGAGACGUAUGAUACAGAUCCCACUGAAGAAGAUGCCGCGCUCGAGGAGGAAGAUAAGCCAAAGUUACCGAAUUGGUUCAAGAUGAUGAAUUCAGUGCUUCCCAAAAACAAGAAUCAUACUAGACAGUACAAGCAAAGUCCUGCCAACCUUGACCUCAAAUUUGAAAGGGUCGGCAUUUUGGACUUCAGUCAAAACCCACAAUCUGCUCCAGCUUCAACCUCCGAGUCAGACCAAUGGAACAAUCUGAAGUUUAAUUCUAUUCUCAGUGAACUGUUGGCGGCAGCUGAUGUGAAACGCGCUGCUUCUCCCUCCGAAUCGGAUUGUACGGAACCAGUCGAGUCGAGACCAGCUUCUUCCGGCACUAUUAUACAGGUGCGAGAUUACAAAGCGUUGACUGGAACCCAGCAAGGGGCGGAUUUGCUCCAGCGGCUCCGGACAGCUAUCAACAAACGUUGGAAAGACGGCAAAAACAUCAUUUGCGUCGGGACAUAUUCUAGCGAGGAAGGAGAAGCAGCUCUCUCUAAGUCCGAGAUCCAGCAUCUUCAAUCAGAUGUGGUCGAGGGAGAAAAAAGCACAAUUUUUGUGCCCCCUGACAGGAGAACGGAACAAGACGUUGUUUUCGAAACGGACGAAAAGGCACGAGUCCGGAAUAUGAACAUUCGACAUGUCGAAGACAUGGUCUCGAAAUUAGCAGAUGGCACUCAGCACCUGACGCCAGUGAUUGACCUCGAAAAGGGACUUGACAGUGCUGCUGUAGACUCAGCCGGCCUAGAAGACGCGGUCUGGCCGUACGCGCGCGUUCGCAGGCUUGCGAUCACGAUAUUGGGAGGCUCUAAAUCUCCCACUAUCGAUGGGACAGUUUUCAGCGAAGCUCUAAGACUACUUUCUUCUAGUGACGAAGCCAAAUUCAGUUGGGGGGCCGCUGAACUGAAGGAAGAAGACGCUGACGUGGAUACAUUGCUCGACGAAAUCUCUGAAUCCAACAAGGGUGGCUUGACUAAGGAAAAGCUCAAGCAGAUCAAGAAGGAUUGCAAUUCCCACGAACAGAAAUUGCUCAGUGGUGUUGUGCUUCCAGCGGAUAUUCGUACUACUUUUGACCACAUUCGAGCCCCCAAAGAAACCGUUGAGGCUCUCAAAACCUUGACUAGUCUGUCCUUAAUUCGCCCAGAAGCGUUCUCGUACGGCGUGCUCGCUACUGAUAAGAUUCCUGGUUUGCUCCUUUACGGUCCCCCAGGAACGGGUAAAACGCUCUUGGCGAAAGCUGUGGCCAAAGAAAGCGGAGCAACUAUGCUUGAAAUCAGCGGAGCAGAUGUCAAUGACAUGUUCGUCGGCGAAGGAGAGAAGAACGUCAAGGCUGUGUUCAGUCUUGCCAAGAAACUUUCUCCUUGUGUUGUCUUCGUAGAUGAAGCUGACGCCAUCUUUUCGGCUCGUGGAGAGACCAGGCGUCCAGCUCAUCGAGAAUUGAUCAAUCAAUUCCUCAGGGAGUGGGAUGGCAUGAACGAUCUUUCAGCUUUCAUUAUGGUAGCAACCAACCGCCCCUUCGAUCUUGAUGAAGCAGUACUCCGGCGAUUACCACGGCGAUUACUGGUUGACCUACCGGUUGAAAAAGACCGAGAAGAAAUUCUUAAAAUUCAUCUCAAGGAAGAACUCCUUAACGAAUCCGUAUCACUCUCUGAACUGGCGAAAGACACGCCUUUCUACUCGGGCUCCGAUCUAAAGAAUAUCUCCGUCGCGGCGGCACUAGCCUGCAUCCGCGAAGAAAACGAAGCCGCAACCAAACACACAGGCGAUGAGCCUUACAAAUACCCUGAGAAGCGUAUACUCACCAAACAGCAUUUCAGCAAAGCGAUUGAGGAGAUCAGCGCCAGUAUCAGCGAGGAUAUGAGCACUUUAUCUGCCAUUCGCAAGUUUGACGAGAAAUAUGGAGACCGUAAGGGACGCAGGAAGAAGACGUCCGCGAUGGGCUUUGGAGGAACCACCUUUGUGGAGAAAGAUUCGGAGGCUGCGAGAGUGAGGAAGAUGGAGGCUUAG